AUGGCAUCAAAUACACGGGAUAAGAAGGAUCCUUGUGACAUAUCGGAUUUAAUGGAGACUUUUGGCAAGUACCAGAUAAUCCAAUAUUUCUUAAUAUGUCUGCCGGCAUUAUUUGUCAGCAUGAUUAGCAUCAAUUACGUAUUUACAGUCGGAGAUGUGGAUUACAGAUGUCGAAUUGACGAAUGUGACGACGCAAACUCGACAUCACAUUUUCCGAGUUGGUGGCCUGACACAAGUAUAGACAAAUGUUCCAAGCCUGUGUUGAAAAAAGGUGAAGAAAUAUGUACCAACACCAGUUUCACUGGUAACCUGACUACCUGUGACCGGUGGAUCUACCAAAGCAAUAAUACUGUUGUGGCUGAGCUAAACCUGGCUUGUCAGCCAUGGCAGUCGAACCUGGUUGGCACCAUCCACAACAUGGGUAUGAUGUUAUCUAUGAUCGUUUCAGGAUGGAUGUGUGAUAAAUUUGGUCGUAAACCGACACUGUUAUUCUGCGUAAUCGGAGGCGCUAUUGGGCAUAUUAAAACAUUCUCCACGUCAUACAUUAUGUAUGUUAUUAUUGAGUUUUUCGAGGCAUCAAUCACUGGAGGGACAUAUGCUGCUGCUAUGGUCAUAUUAUUAGAAAUAGCUGGCAAGAAAUACAGAGUGUUAUCAGGAGUAAUCUUCGCAUAUGCUAUAUAUUUCGGAGAAAGUUUGUUUGCAUGUAUCGCCAUGCUUGUGCCGUACUGGAAGACCCUCAUCCGCAUCGUAAAUACACCUUGCGUACUAUUUACAGUCGUCUUUCUCUUCAUAAAUGAAAGUCCAAGAUGGCAGCUCGUAAGCGGGAGACUUACACAAGCUAAAAGAAUAAUGAAAAAAAUUGCCAGAGAUAAUAAAAUUAAUAUAAAUUUCGAAGAGUUAGCAAAUAUCAGUGACGAUGAACUUAAAGAAAAGUUCGAUAUUAAGAGUAAUGAAGUAAAAGAAAGUUUUAUAAAUGCCAUGAAAUCUAAAGAGAUUACGGUGCGUUUAUUGGUUUCAAGCAUGGGUAGAUUUACAACCAAUUUUGUGUAUUAUGGAAUGAUGAUAAACUCUGUGUGGCUGCCUGGAGACAAAUAUGUGAACUUCCUUCUAUCAACGUUGAUGUCUUUUCCAGGGGAGCUUAUUUCCCUGUAUUUGAUGAACAAAAUUGGAAGGAAAAUGCCACUUUUAAUUGGAUAUGUCAUAUGUGGAAUAUUGUGCAUUAUUUCAGCAGUAAUACCAGCUCAAUAUUUAUGGGCAAAAUUGACCCUUUUCUUAUUGGGGAAAGUGAUCAUAUCAGCAUGCUUCACGGGAGCUAUUACCUACGCUAUGGAGCUGUUCCCUACAAGUGUGAGAGGCUCUCUGCUGGGGAUUGCUUCAUUCGCAGCUCAGUUAGGAGGGAUGGUGGCGCCACUGACGCCCAUACUGAACACGAUAUCAGAAGUUCUACCAUUCACACUAUUUGGUAUCUCAUCAAUUUUAACGGGGUUACUUCUUUUCCUAACGCCGGAGACCAAGGAUUUGCCGCUAUUUGACACGAUCAAGCAGGUGGAAAACAACAGAGGGAAAGUCACGAUCGACAAAGACGUUACGAUCACGCACUAUUCCUUAGAAAAUUUCUCAACCAACUCGUAA